GGUGACAGCUGAGCCCGCAGAGACCCAACACGGCUGCACACUACGCAACACAACUGACAACAUAACGACUUCUGUCAGCGCUGAAUCAAAGCGGAAGACGCACAUUCAGUCGCUCCGCUGUUGUUUUGACUUUCUCUUGUUACAUGUACGUGGUCUGACAGCCUCUCUUCCGGCUCGUUGUUGCAGAGUAGUUAGCUAGCACGCGAGGAUAUCAUUAACGUUAGCCUCUCUGACGUUGGGACUCAACGGUCAACAUGUCGGAUCCGGUCGGGGAGGCGAAGCUGGAGCUGAAACAGGCGAGUAAGGAGGUGAAGGAGAGCGAAAACGUAGCGGAGAAGUACUCUGCCAUGACCGUGAGCAAGAACAGCGAAAUGAACAUGGGGGAGCUGUCGUCCGCCUUCAGCGCUGUGCCCACCCACAAACCAGUUAAAAAGCAAAUCCAGUUUGUGGAGGACAAGCAGGAGUUCAGCAGGUUUCCCACCAAGGCAGGCCGACGCUCCCUGUCCCGCUCCAUCUCCCAGUCAUCCACAGACAGCUACAGCUCCGCUGCGUCCUAUACGGACAGCUCUGACGAUGAGACUUCACCACGGGACAAAACUCAGGUCAACUCCAAAGGCAGCAGCGACUUCUGUGUCAAGAGCAUCAAACAGGCAGAAUUCGGCAGACGUGAGAUUGAGAUCGCAGAACAAGACAUGUCGGCACUGAUCUCACUCAGGAAGAGAGCGCAGAGUGAGAAACCAUUGGCUGGUGCCAAAAUUGUGGGCUGCACUCACAUCACUGCCCAGACUGCAGUACUGAUCGAGACUCUGGUGGCUCUCGGAGCUCAGUGCCGCUGGACUGCAUGUAACAUUUACUCCACACAGAACGAAGUGGCGGCAGCUCUGUCAGAGAGCGGUGUAGCAGUGUUUGCCUGGAAAGGGGAGUCAGAGGAUGAUUUCUGGUGGUGUAUCGACCGCUGUGUCAACACUGAGGGUUGGCAGCCAAACAUGAUUCUUGAUGAUGGGGGAGACUUGACACACUGGAUGUACAAGAAAUACCCCAAUGUAUUCAAGAAGAUCAGGGGCAUUGUAGAGGAGAGUGUCACUGGGGUUCACAGGUUGUAUCAGCUGUCUAAGGCUGGAAAACUGUGUGUACCGGCUAUGAAUGUAAAUGACUCGGUGACAAAGCAGAAGUUUGACAACCUGUACUGCUGCAGAGAGUCGAUCCUGGACGGCUUGAAGAGAACCACAGAUGUCAUGUUUGGAGGCAAGCAGGUGGUCGUAUGUGGGUACGGUGAGGUUGGAAAAGGUUGUUGUGCUGCUCUGAAAGCUCUGGGAGCCAUUGUCUAUGUUACAGAGAUUGAUCCCAUCUGUGCCCUGCAGGCCUGCAUGGACGGAUUCAGGGUGGUCAAGCUGAAUGAGGUCAUUCGCCAUGUUGAUAUCAUCAUCACAUGCACUGGGAACAAGAAUGUGGUGACCAGAGACCAGCUGGACCGAAUGAAAAAUGGCUCAAUUGUCUGCAACAUGGGACACUCCAAUACUGAGAUUGAUGUGGCAAGUCUUCGGACCCCUGAGCUGACCUGGGAGAGAGUGCGCUCUCAGGUGGAUCACGUCAUUUGGCCUGAUGGGAAGAGGGUCAUCCUCUUGGCUGAGGGACGUCUCCUUAACCUCAGCUGCUCCACUGUCCCUACCUUUGUCUUGUCCAUCACAGCCACCACUCAGGCCCUGGCCCUCAUAGAGUUGUACAACGCUCCUGAGGGACGAUACAAGCAGGAUGUUUACUUGCUUCCCAAGAAGAUGGACGAAUAUGUCGCCAGUCUGCAUCUGACCACGUUCGAUGCCCACCUGACAGAGCUUUCUGAUGAGCAGGCAAAAUAUCUGGGCCUGAAUAAGAACGGCCCUUUUAAACCCAACUACUACAGGUAUUAGUCUGCAAGGGAGUCACAACUCAGCACACCUAAAUGUGAACGCUACCAAACAUCACCCAUCCCUCAGACAAAAUCAGAAUUUAUGUAUAUUGUAUUUUAUACUCUUCACAGGAUGCACAGCUUAUAUUUAGUUGUAUUUUACUGACCACAGCAAGUUUUGCUUCACUUGCUGCUUCCUACAGAACUGCACAUGGCACCCAGCUGGCUGUGAAAAGUCAGUGUAACCACAGCACUUAUAUCUGCUGUUUAGUGAGAUUUUUAUUCUCUAGUGCAUCUGUUUCUAUACCUGCUGGCUCCUGGGUUAUUUUAGACUUCUGAUAGAUAUUGAAUAAUGUAUCAAUAUAUUGUGCCAAAUGGCUGUGACACUGAAGGGUUACAGUUGUUGUGAAAUGCUGACGGUUUGUUGUGAAAUCAGCUAAAAUUGCAUCUAGUGAUACUUUUGAUAUAAACGUAUUAAAUUCCUCCAGUUAUUGCUUAAAAUUCCAAACCUAUAAAACUAAAGCUCACUGAGCUUUUUACCAUUUUUGCUCUUUGUUGUGUCUCUCUCAUCACCCUCUCGUAUGAAACUGCUGGCAGCCAUUUACAGAAAAAAAAAGCUUUGACAAGCCUUACAUAAAACCAAAAAAAAGCUCAUGUAAACUCCCAGCUGUUGAAGAAAGCCAAGCUCCAAAUGUUUUUUUCUCAGGAGUAGUUGAACAAAAAUCAGCUUAAAUUUUUCCGGUCACCCGAAGUUUGACUCCAGCUGGUUGUCGCCGUGUGUCUGCUAGAUGUUUAAGUUGGCAAUUAUUUGCCGACAAAUGAGCCAUAACAUCGUGAUAAUCAUGGUUGUGUUUCCGUGAGUUUGUUUCUGCCCCCAAUGAUAAAAAAAAUCACUUAAUGCACCUUUAAAGCUUCCUUCUGCUUCCAUGUGACAGUGUUCGCUUACUUCAUACAUUCCAUCCACAACAUACAGAAACAAUGUUUUCUGCAGUAUCGUCUACAUUACUAACCUUCAUCAAAUCUGGACGAAAAAAAGGAACUUAAAUACUUUCAGACUACAUCAAAUUUAAGAAUAGACCUUGACAUUUAUUUUUGUGAAAAGAUUUGUCCUUUUAUGGGGUUUGGGUGUCUGCAAAGAAUAGUAUCUGCACCUCAGGGCAUUCAAAUAUAUCAAAUUAUUUGUAAAUAUCUUUUUAUCAGAUCAGUGCUGUCUGACCUCAGAGUCCUCGUCCAGUCUCACUGUCAUUCUCAUGAAAUGAUUAUUUGGUGUAAAACAGGUUUAAAGAUUUUGAUACUCUAUAUCACCUGUCCAGAGUUAAUUAACUACUGCAGCUAUUCUGUGUAAAGCUGACACAUGUCACAGACUACAUGCGAAACAGUGUUACGUUCAGUAUGGUUAUGCUGUAUAUGCGACAGCCUCUGAUCAGCCGAUCUCAUGAUGGUAUUUCUUGAAAUGAAACACUGAGUUUAGUGUUAGUUGUCACGGGACUGUGUUCUUGUGUUGAACGACCUGUAUGUAGGAUUUAGGGUGAUAUAUUGGCAGAAAUUGAAUAAAAUAUUCAGAACCAUGUUUUCGCUGGUUUAUCAUCACCUGAGACUAAGAACUGAGCUAGAAUGAGAUGUUUAUAUCGACAUAUGGAGCAGGUCCUCUUCUACAGAGAAAGCUAUGUUGUUUCUACAGCAGCCCAGAAUAAACAAACCAAACACUGGCUCUAAAUGGGGUCAUAUGUGUUUUUGUGGUUUUGCAUUGGGUACCGUAGUUCUCCUGCAUGCUUGGUGCACAGGAGAAAUUUUACUUUGUUGCAAUUUUCAACCUCACUGUUAGAUGCCACUAAAUCCUACACACUGGGCCUUUCAUUAGAAGAUUCCUUUUUUUCUGUUGAAAUGCUCUGGGCUCGGAUAUGUGUGAGCUUUGCUGUUUUCCGAGACACGUGUUAGCUUUACCCUCUGUGGUAUCUUGUGGUAUUCAGCCAUUAUUACAGCUAUUCUAAUAACAUCAUAUUUUGUUUCUUUUCUUGAUUCUUUGUAUCAUUCAAAAAGGCUCCUUAAGCUCAGUUUUGUGAGGCUUGUUAAAUGCAAAAAAAAGUUAUUAUGCCACUUCUACUUCUCUAUAUUCACUUUUAAUAUUAUUUGAAUUAGUGGCUACAUUUGAUGACUUAGUUGAGAGAUUUACUUUUAAUUCCUACUAUAUAGUGCGCAUGUAGUAGUUAAAGCUCUUAAUCACAUUUUAACGUGCUGUAGAUCACGCUGUCCUUAGGCCGAUCCCGCUCCAAACAGUUGACAGUGUCACUGUCCUUGCUGAGGGUUUGGCACCUUGUAAAGAUGUUGCUCCACUUGUAUUUACUCAGUAUCCUGUUGCGUCACCUUUCACAAAAUGUAAAGUCCAUCCGCAGUGUUACAGGUAAAUGCUGUAUUUAACUUUAACAGUAAUUUGUUUAAUGAGUUGUAUAGUAGCCUACAGGAUGCUACUAUGAAGUGCUUUCAUCUUUGCACUAGCAGCUUUAAAGGCAUCAGAGCCAAGGACGUCCAGUUGAAACAUCAUUGUCAGCAAGAUGAGCGCUGUAACCAUGGUUACUGGUCAGUAGACAGUGCCUUGUGACUCACUUAGUAAUUUAUAUUCACGUGUACGACUGUGUGUUUCUCCCAGGACAGUUAAUGUGCGCAACAUGGUUGUUACUCUGCAAUAUACAGUGAUAGCUAUGCAGCAAAACACACUCAGUUUACUUCUGUCAAAAGUAUUUUACUCCUGCUGUUCAAUCAGUGUUUCAUAUUACUCAAAAAAAUAUGCAUUACUGUUAGAUGACAUGAGUGGGCAACAUUUUAAAUUCUGUUGUACUUUUUACAUGGAUUUUGAUGUACAGUGUAUGUUUCAUCCCAGUGUCAUUUCUUGUUAUAAUCAGACAUUCAAAUGACUUACCGUGGUCUUUUCAUAAUAGCACUUAAACAAUGCCUUUUAUAAUGAAUUCCUGUCAUUUAACCCCCGUUUUGACUCGACCAUGGAGACAAAUGAAUGUUAUUACUGGUACAGACAGUUUUACUCUUGUCAAAUUGAAUAAGCAUACCACUGUGAUUUGACAGUUGCUGGUUUGAAGUUUUUGAUGUGGAGACGAAGUUCUGUAAAUGAUUAGCUAUAAAGUAGGCCUAUAUGUUCAACACUAUCUGUAGUUGAGCUUGAAGAACAUAAUAUUGGCACCCCGUGAAAUUUCUGUGCACAUUUCCCUUUAAUAAACUGCUGUUUAAAUUUGAAAA